UUCAUUAACUCUCACAUAACAAAAACAAAAAUCAUGAAUACUAACACUCCACUCAUCCUCUUGGCUUUACUAGCUUUAAUCUUGGUCGACACUUCAUCAGCAGAACAAUGUGGAAAACAAGCUGGAAAUGCAGCAUGUCCAAAUGGACUAUGUUGUAGCCAGUUUGGGUGGUGUGGCUCAACAUCUGACUACUGUGGUUCUGGUAACUGCCAGAGCCAGUGCCCCGGUAGCGGCACACCGUCUAACCCUAACCCUAAUCCUGGUGGUGGCAGUGGUGUUGGUAGCAUUAUUACUGCACCCAUUUUCGAUCAAAUGUUGAAGUAUCGCAACGAUGGGAGGUGCCCUAGUAAUGGAUUUUAUACUUACAAUGCUUUUAUUUCUGCUGCGAACUCGUUUGGUGGAUUCGGUACUUCGGGUGAUCUUAAUACCCGUAAGAGGGAGCUUGCUGCUUUCUUGGCUCAAACUUCUCAUGAGACCACAGGAGGGUGGGCAAGUGCACCAGAUGGACCCUAUGCAUGGGGAUAUUGCUUUAUUAGGGAAAAUGAUCGGCAAACCUAUUGUUCCUCAAAUCAAUGGCCAUGUCCUGCUGGUAGGCAAUACUACGGCCGAGGACCAAUUCAACUCACUCACAACUACAACUACGGUCAAGCAGGCAAUGCAAUUAAAGCAGACUUGAUAAACAAUCCAGAUCUAGUGGCAACUGAUGCAGUAAUAUCAUUCAAGACAGCAAUGUGGUUUUGGAUGACCCCCCAGGCGAACAAGCCGUCGAGCCACAACGUUAUCAUCGGACAAUGGACUCCGUCCAGUGCGGAUACAGCAGCUAAUAGGCUGCCAGGCUAUGGAGUGAUCACCAACAUAAUCAACGGCGGGCUCGAGUGUGGACAGGGUGCUAAUGACAAGGUUGCCAGCAGAAUCGGGUUUUACAGGAGAUAUUGUGACAUUUUGGGAGUCAGCUAUGGUAACAACUUAGAUUGCUAUAAUCAAAGGCCUUUUGCUUAAAUAGUUAAAUGUGCUUUUACCAUUUAAAAACUAUGUAAUAAAAAUAUUUCAAUAACCCGUUAGCCUCGGUAUGAUGGGGUGAGCAAGGCGUUCGUACUAGAUUUUGAGGUCGAGUCUCAAUAUCUUUACUACUUUAAUGAAGCUACUGUUGCAUCAUGCA